CCACCUUGAAUAUCGCCCCCAGACCUGCCGCUUACUGAACUAAACGUGGCAUGGACACCCGGCGGAUCUUCACACCAGAAUUAAUUGCCACCAUAUGCUCACAUCUUUGUGCUAGUGCGGGACGGAGUGACUUGCUGGCAUUCUCGAGGACAUGUCGGACAUUCUACGAGCCAGCAAUGGACAUCGUUUGGCGUUCCCUGCCCAACCUUGCUCCUCUGAUACUCACUAUGCCACCCGAUGCAUGGACAGCGGAACUCAGAACUAACCUUACAAGUUUAGACAAUGAAGUGAUUGUGCUGUCAUUCGUGCGGCCCCUAGUCCCUGCCGAUUUCGUCCGCAUGCUUCUCUACUGUCCUCGGGUCAAGUCGUUUGGCGGAUUUGAGAAUCGGCUCAAAGACACAAUCAAGAAAUUUAAUUUAGCUUUUUCUGCGGUGAAUGCCCUGGAAGCCUUUCGCCCCGCGUCGUCAUUACUUCCAAAUGUGGAAUAUUUGGAAUGGGACUACUUCCAAUACGCAUUCGGAGAAUGCGGACUUCCUGCGAUACAUUUCCUCUUUGGAUCCCGAUUGCGGACGGUGCACCUUUGGCCUAUGGGCGGACCUUGCAACGCAAAUAACGUCUAUCAAACGCUUCAAAAGCUGACAGCGAAAUCCCCAGCGCUCCAGCACUUCUCCUUGUCGUCCUACUCGAAAACUGCAGAACUAUGCGAGCUAAUGCCCGCCUUGUUGUCCGGAUUGCCUCAACUCGUGGACUUCAAAGCUGAUAUACAGCUCAAUGCUGCCGCUCUGCUAAAG